UCACAAGUAUCGCCAGUCAAAACGAGGGUUAUACUUACACGCGAAUUCUGCACCAGAUUUCCUCAAACGCUCCGCAUGUCCAGCCAACUUUGGCCAUGUCUUCCCCUGAGCGCAGUCAAGCUCAGCAGCCCAUACCAGCUUCUGUGAACAACAACAAUAACAACAACGAUAAUAACAACCAUGACCACGAGAUUCUCCACUCACUCAAAAAGCUUUCUCUAUCCACCUCACCUCUCUCAGGGUCUAGUGCGCCAUCGAAGCCUCUUAAUGAGCGACGACGAUCUUCCAUAUCUCCAAACACGAGAGCACCUCCCCGCAGUCCCUUGACGAAAGCAAACCUCAACGGCAUAGCCACUGAUAGCUCAUCUUCGUCCCAGGGCCUAAUUCGCAAAGCAUCGAUGAAUUCUCUUCGUUCAGCUAAUGGUGGCACGCCGAGUCGUACAUCCUCACGUCGGGGCAGCUCCACCCCCUUUCUUUCCCCGACUACUGCAAAGUCUCCAAACAGCCUACUCGCAAAUCAUGGAGAAACAGUGGAAGCAAGACCUCCACGAACAGCUGGUUCAGUAGCAAGCCACCAUUUCGCCAAGGAAUUGGAGCUUUUGCACACCACCAACUCUGAUCAAUCCGCUGAGACUAUUGUUAUUCUGCAUGACGAUUGCUACGGGCACCGCUACUCGAGACCGCGCGCAUCGAAGAAUCUACUAAGUACCAUUGUUGAGCGACCUGAAAGGAUCCAGGCCAGCAUUCUUGGCGUCUCUAUGGCCUAUGUGCGACUGGGGGAGAGGCAUUGCGACGGAAAACAUCCUAUACAGUCGGACCCGGAUCCCAAAGCACUUCCGGAGGUUCCUUUUCGCAUUCACAAGACCACUCGUAAAGUCGCUAUCUCAUCUACUACGGUGACGAAUGUUCAUGGCAGCAAGUGGAUGGAGGAGCUGAAGAUUAUGUGCGACUCGGCUGAAGCGAAACUCGCGCUUAACGGAAACGAGCUUCGACGGCCCGAGAUGAAUCGCGGGCCUGAUGCAGAACCCCCGCAACACUUUCACCAAGGCGAUCUUUACUUAUGCUCAGAGUCUUUGAAUGCUUUUGAAGGCGCUAUGGGAGCUGUCUGCGAAGCCGUUGAUACCGUCUUUUCCACCUCGGCCCAUAGACGAGCCUUUGUUGCCGUGCGGCCCCCUGGGCACCAUUGCUCUGCCUCGUUUCCGUCUGGUUUCUGCUGGGUAAACAAUGUCCAUGUUGGAAUUAUGCAUGGAAUUUUGAACCAUGGUUUAACUCAUGCGGCUAUUAUCGACUUCGAUCUGCACCACGGAGACGGCUCACAAUCUAUCGCCUGGCAGCACAACAAGCGUGGUUUAGCCAAAAAUGCCGCCGCCUGGAAAAAGACAUCGAUCGGGUAUUUUAGCGUUCAUGAUAUAAAUUCAUAUCCUUGCGAGUAUGGCGAUGAAGAGAAGGUCAAGAACGCGAGCUUAUGUAUCGAUAACGCCCAUGGACAGAAUAUAUGGAAUGUGCACCUCCAUGAGUGGAAGUCAGAUGUGGAAUUCUGGAAACUCUAUCGAUCCAAGUAUUCAAUUUUGCUCGAAAAGACUCGCAACUAUCUCCGAUUGCAAACGGAACGGUUUCGCGCUGCUGGCCAGGUGCCAAAAGCUGCUAUAUUUCUAUCCGCCGGGUUCGAUGCGAGUGAGUGGGAGGGUGCUGGAAUGCAGCGGCAUAAAGUGAAUGUGCCGACUGAGUUCUAUGCUCGGCUUACCAGAGAUGCAGUACGGAUUGCAUCAGAGGAGGGUCUUAGUGUGGAUGGACGUGUCAUAAGCGUUCUGGAAGGUGGUUAUAGUGACAGAGCAUUAUACUCUGGAGUGCUGAGCCACUUGAGCGGCCUAGCAGGAGUCGAAUCCAUGACACCCAAGGAGGAAGGUUCACAUGGCUUCGCACAUGAAAUGGGUGAUAAAGUCGGACCAUUUAGUAGACGGAGCACCUUAACUGAAAGCGAGUUGAAGUCCUUGAAGUCUUGUGAAUUUCCAUAUGACCCAAACUGGUGGUCUAGCUCUGAGCUUGAUCGCUUUGACGCUGACAGAGUAACUCCCCCACCGGAACCCAAGAAAACACGAACCAUAACGCCAGGAAAUUAUUCUUCUCCCACACAAUCGUCCAAUGCAAAGAUGACCGAAGUGGCUAAAACUCGCCGUAGUUUGUCGAAUCUUCCAGCUUCUCAGGUAGUCAUGCCUAGGUCGCCGACACCGCCGCCGCCCGACGUUCCUUGGACCAUUGCAGCACAUGAGUUGAGCAAGCUCCUCAUUCCGAAUCACCGCCAAGUAGAUAGCUGCACACAUGCGGAGCUUAAUACUGAGGCCACAAAGGUUAAGAAAAGUCGCCAGUCUCUUCAACCUGCUGUGACUGACGCGAGCGAUGUCCCAGCCGCUCCUACGCGGAUGUCUCUUCGUGAAAGAAAGCCAGUCAGCUAUCUGGAGGAGGACGAUUUUCCUUCACGGCGCAAGACUGUCGCAGGGCCCGCUGUACUCGCUUCAUCAAAGGUAUGUCUAUAAUAUCACAUGUGAGACUGUGUACUUAUAUUUCUACAGGGGCCAGCUCGUGGUUCUUCGUCACACAAUGAAUCAAAACAACCACGACAGGCGAAUAGGAGGCUUAGUGCAGCCUCUUCCCUCAGCACUGUCGCGGAUGUGCCGAUGGCCGAUAACACAGCCACUCGGCCCGUUACUUCCCUGAGUACACGCCCCAAUUCUUCCAU